GCCAAUUUUUCAUUAUGUAUGUUAAAAUGCUUUUCAGCAAUAUUUUGAUGUCUUCAAUGUUUUAUUUUGUAACAACGUGUCUUCUCAGGAAAAAACCGCGUGUAUGUACGCUCAUAAGUUACGCUCUGUAGAUUAAAAUUGCUUCCUCCCCUCUUUACUUAAUUAUUACCAUUAUUAUUAUUAUUUACCCAGGAUAGCUUCUUCAGUUCCUUAUAGAAAUGUUAUCAAUGAGGAUCCUGCGAAGGGAUCCAAGGUCAUUUAAACUCCCAUAUCAGCUAUAGAAGGAGUGCAAGUACAGCAGCCGCUCAGCUAGACAACCGUCUGAGAUAUCAAUCCUAAUGUCAUGUUUAACAUUAAGCACAAAGGAUCAAUUUACACCUUUAUAGUCUCUGGCAUGACUUGACCUACGCCGCACUGGAACCACAAGUCUACCAGUCAGUCCACAAGGACACCAGUCCCCCAAUCCUCCAAUCCCCCAUCCCAACCUCUCAAUCCCCCAUACCCAGCACUAUAAACCUAGAUAAAUUCACAAACGGGCAGAUAUAAUGUUUGCCAUUUAAGUUCCAACUUGAAGGGCAAAUAAAAAUAUAUGAGUAAAAACUAUAAGCUACCAAAAUUCUUAGUAACUUGUUUCGUUCGCUUUUAUGUAAAUCAAUCGUUAAGAGAAUAUAAUAUUUUAACACGAUUUCAAGGUUACAUGCGUUUCUAAAUUAAUUUUAAUAUCUGUUUAUGUGCUUAAUAAGUUGCUACUUAAGAAACUUCAACUGACUAAAGAGCGUUAAUAAUCACAACACGACCUCAGUUUAGUAAUUACGACCAUCUCAAUAGACUAGCAACGCAUUUCCGAUUAUUAUUGUGAAAGAAAAAUGAAGUGAAGUUUUUUGGAGACAUUUCAAUUUAUGUUUGAUAUGCUGUUUUUUAUGAAAGUUACAAAAAAAAAUCGUUUGAAAGACGAAGUUGAAUCGAACCAAGACAACUCAGAAACUCUUGAAGCACUAACAACUAAUCAAAAUUCUGCUACGUCCGACGUAAAAGAUUCUGAGACGAAUAUCGUAUUGACAACACUUCCUGAAGAAGUCGACACAAGUGCAUUGAUGACGGAAGAUAUAGAAGCACUUCUCGACGAAUCGUCAGUUCUUCGACCGACAAAUAUAAAAGCUACCGUCAAAUGUGCUUAUUCAGCAUUGAACUUAACCGAUAUAUCCGUCAAGAAGAACGACGCCGUUAAGAUUCUAUACAAACAGGAUAAUUUUGUUUACGUUCGCAAUAAGAAAGGUGUUAGCGGUUUCAUACCUGUCAGCUAUUGUUAUAUUGCCAACAAAAAUGAGAGUAGUUCCAAGAAGUCAAACAGAAAAAAUAAAAAUUCCAAGAACUCUAAAACCGAAAUCAAAAGUUUUUUCAAAAAAGAUAAAACGAAAAACGAAGAAAGUGCCGUGAGUAAAAAGGAAAAAAAGAAUGUGGAAAACAAUGAAACGGUUGAAACGGAUAAAGACAAAACGGAUAUAUUAAGUAAGAAAGAUAUAACACAAACAGAAAACAAAGAUGAUACUGUUGAACACACGGCCGACCAAAUUAUCCCGUCCCCAACUCCGAGUGAACCAGAUGUUGAAAGUGUUGUUGAAACUAACGAUAAUAAUAACAAUAUAGAAAGUAACAAUAAACAAGACAUUUCCGAAAACAAAGACGAUACUUUAAGCUCAACGAUGGAGACACCUAUUAUAAAAAUUACGGCUGCCGAUAAAUCUAUCGAGGACGAAAGUCAUCACUUGCCUACAUCAGAUGUUGGAUCCAGUGUGUCGAGUUCUCAUCAAUCGUUAGAUCAAUUGAUGAACGGGGAAACAUCCCUUCCAUUAGCAGAUACUAUUGAAGUAAUCAAAGAGGAGAUUCCUGUUAAAAAAGAAAAACGCAGAAAUAAGCCAGUCAACAAACAUUUCAGCAUAAAGAAUCUUUUGAAGAAAAAGAAACAAAAAGAAAACUGUUUGAUUGAGAAUGAUAAAAAUUUAAAAGCGAUAUCAUCUAAGAGCAAGAGAUGGUCUGGAAGCCAUAUUGAUUGGUACUCAGACCUUUUCAAAGAAGAUGUAUCCGAUAGUUCUGAAAGUGAAGAGGAUAUCACAAGUUCGACAGACACGGAUACAAACAAAAGCCAUUCCGACGUGGGCGCACACGCCUUAAAAAAUUACAAACGUGAACAAACUCUUGCACGAAGUAAACACAGGCGCGCAAGUGAUACAAGUGCAUCCUCGGAUUUUUAUAUACCGAAAAGAACACGGGCUUCAACCUUUGAUAACGAUGCUAAGACUAACUACACAAAAGAUGAUCUCUCUGAACUGGAUAAACAAACAACGAGCGGGUACGCUACCAUCCGGAAAACAAAUAGUUUACGUUAUAGCGUCCCACCCAGUGACACGCAUCAAGAUCAGCUUAAUACAGUCAACAGGUCUUUGCAAAAAUCUUCCAGCAGCAGUAAUUUGAAAAAUUCAAAUAAGAAAAACAGACGUAACUAUUCCUCAGACGUUGAAGUAGAUGUUUUGCAUUCGCCAUUAGUUCCAAGAAAGUUAAUUUCACCUACAGCUGACCAAUCAGGGGAUACUUGGUUACGUCAAGAUGGAAGACGUACUCCACUUUCAUCAAUAAAUCCUAACAAACAAACUCAAAACAAAAGGAUAGUUUCAUAUGAUUUCAUUGCGACAGAAGAAAACGAAGUCACAAUUUUGACAGGUCAACAUGUAGAUGUAUUGAAGAAACCAGAUGAAGACUGGUGGUGGGUCUGUACAGUCGAUGGUAGAGAGGGAUUUGUACCUCAAUCAUUUCUAACCCCGGUACCUACAGUUCCUACGCGAAAACCAGACUUACUGCAAAAACUUUAUUCUGGCGAGAUUGUUACCGUUGAAUCACAAGAGAAGAGUACGGAGCGUAAAGUUAAGACUCCUGUCAAUUUACCAACAAGACAUAUUGCUUCAGAUUCACCGAAACUAGCCAAAGUUGCUCCAUUUUAUCAAGAAUAUGUGAAAAAAGAAACUAAUUCUGACGACUUUCAGUUAUAUAAAAAACAAGUACAGGAAAUUCACAAGCAUAAAACUCCCCCUCCGUCUUAUUCACAGCAUGUUAUGCACAGACAACACUUAGAACUUAUGGCAGGUUUUUAUGCAGACCCCAAAGGUGAAAAGUCUAAUAAAUUUAUUGGAAGCAGAGACUGGCAGGGUCAUAAAAAUGUACAAUAUAUUCAGCCGAGUAGCACUCCUCCUCGGAUAGUGCGAAGAAAGUCUUUUUCUGGGAGACAAAAAAGAGUGCGAUUUUCGAACGAAGUUGAACACGACAGAAAUAAUCCUGGAAGUCUUUUGGUCAUUAAGCAGUAUGGUUUAGACCCUGCUGUUCAUGGUGAGGAAGAGACUGAAAUUUCAACUUGGUGUUAACAACUUUAAAAAUUAUAUAAAUUCGCAAUAUAUAUAUUAUUUAAUUACAAA